GGUAGGGAGGUACUUCGUGUGCUACUCGAGGAGGGCAUCGUGGAUGCGAAAGUGUGUUUGAGAUCGCGGCGUCGCUUAAAAUUGUAAUGUUUUUCUACAGUUAUAUCAACAAGCAUUUUUUAUCAUAUUAAAUUGUUGUGCCGGCGUUUUGCGUUUGUUUUUAACUUGUGUGUUACUAGUUUGUUCUAUUUAUUAGUAUAAUACUUUGUGAUGUUGAUUAAUGCUAAAAUUACAGUAAGAAAGCCCGCGCAAUUUUGCUUAAUGGGUGCGUUUUUGGGAAUUAGUGAAUGUGCAUGAUACUUUUUUAAUUGAUACAGAUUUGGGUGUUGUAGUAUAUAAAUUUAGUAUUAAUGAUCGGUUUGACAUUAUUAUUUUUUUUACCGAAGUGAACCAUAGUUUUGCUUAAAACUGAUUUAUUUAUUCAUACAUUUCAAUUUAAUAAAUUGGGUAAUUAAUGCGAUUAAAAUUUAAGUGUAUAAGAACUAUUUGUGUGUAUAAAUAUCGUGAUUUAAAUCAAGUGCAAUGUCGGAACAGCAUCGCGGUUCCUGGAGCGGACGUGAAGAUGCAGUUUGGUGGCCUGGCGCAAUAUCUUCCGCUGAUCAACAAACGUUACACCAUCAGCAUAUUUUAAAUCAACAUCACCAACAGCAAUUGGCCGUAGCACAAGUUCAACAGCAAUUGCAACAACAACAGCAGCAGCAACAACAGCAGCAGCAAGUUGUUUCUCAUAGUAGUACUACGGCCUCAUCUGUUGGUGGUCAACAAUUAUUCUCAUACAAAAUGGCGAGCAGUUUCCAAAAUCCAGCCACAACAAGUGCAUCGUCAAAUGUGUAUGACUAUCGUUUGGGUAUGGUUUCGAGACCAGGAGAUGGUUCCACAGCACAAUGGUGGUACCCGGGAUCAGUAGAUAUAGCUAUACAACAACAACAACAGAAUAUACAAGGAGCGCAGGCACCCCAGGCAACGAAUCAACAGUCGCAGCAUCAAACGAAUCAAGAAUCUCAGAUUCAACCACAAAAACAAAUCCAACAACAACAACAACAAUUGCAAAUACAUAACCAAGUAGAUCAAGUUCAGCAGAUUCACGUUUCUAAACGAAUGCCUCGAAACAAAGUUAAUAGCAAACCACGAGGCCGCAUGACUGCGUACGCAUUUUUUGUUCAGACAUGCCGGGAAGAGCAUAAGAAAAAACAUCCUGAUGAAAAUGUUAUAUUUGCCGAGUUUUCUAAGAAAUGUGCUGAGCGGUGGAAGACAAUGAUUGACAAAGAAAGGAAACGGUUUCACGAAAUGGCUGAGAAGGACAAACAACGAUAUGAUUUAGAAAUGCAGAGUUAUGUGCCCCCGAAAGGUGAAAAGGUUGGAAGAGGAAAGAAAAGAAAGCAGGCCAAAGAUCCCAACGCACCAAAACGUUCAUUAUCUGCCUUCUUCUGGUUCAGUAAUGAUGAGCGCUCUAAAGUGAAAGCAAUAAAUCCUGAAUAUGGAGUUGGAGAUAUCGCCAAGGAAUUGGGUAGAAGAUGGUCAGAUUGUGAUCCCGAAACUAAAUCCAAGUAUGAAGCUAUGGCCGAAAAGGACAAAGCUCGAUAUGAUAAAGAAAUGACUGCGUAUAAGAAAAGACCAAAGGUGCCUAAUCCAGCUGAUGAGGAACCGGAUUAUGAAGAGGAGGUUGAUGAAGAGGAUGAUGAAUAAUUUUAAAGAUAUAGUCUUCUAGAAAACUAUCUGACUUAUAUCAUUUAAGCUAGCCACGUAGCAAAAUGUGGGUCUACAUGAGAUUUGUACAUAAAAUA